CUCAAAUGGUCCCGCGCGGGCUGAGACAGAACGCGGUUAGAAAUAUUGCUUUUCUUGUCAGAGAAGGAAAAUAAAAGGAUUUUAGUGAAUGUUGUGUGUGGUGCCUGUCACGUUUAAGAAAGGUGUUUUCAAUCUGAUGUUUAAUUUAGUGUUAACCUGGAGUGCUAGUAGACCAUUCGGAGAAGUGAAUCUUGGCGUAAAUCAACGCAGGGCUGGUGGUACACUGGAGUCUCUGGCCUGUAGAGAAUGGUGUCCCUGCAAGCUCUGAGCUGUUCUGAGCAGCUGGGCUCACCUCUCAGGUGGACCUCCUUCUGCGGAGUCACCUCUGAGAAUGCGGUUCCUCUCCCACUUGACGAAUCCCUCGACCUCAACAAGUCCUACCCAUGUGCCAGGAAGGCAGGCCGCCACAGGCGCUGGCCACCUCAACUCUUCAUGACGAGUAGAUCUAUCACAGGAGAAGGUCUGAACUCUUUCUGCUUCAACUCAGUAGCUGCGCGGAACAUUCAGCUGUCUGACCUGUCCUGUUCCAGAACAGCUUCUGGUUCUCUGUCCCAGUCUGAGUUCAGCAAUAUACCCAGUUGUUCUCUGUUCAAGCAUCUGGCCCGGGAAGGACUCAGCCACUCAGCGCUGCCUACAUUUCACAACCCCAAUAAGGCCAUUCUCACUGUUGAUAUGACAACCGCAGAGAUACUCAUUGCCAAUGAUGUGGCUUGUAAAUUGUUUGACUACAGCAGCAAGGAUCUGAUUGGAUUAAAGCUAUCCUGUCUCUUAAAGAAGACCAGUCAAACUCUUGAAGAAGCUUUGGGGGAGGAGCAUCUGGAGACUAAUGGAAAUCUGGUCAUGGUCACAGGAAAAGUGGUUGAUAUAGUGAGCAGGUCUGGCAGUGAGAUCCCCGUAUCUGUAUGGGCCCACAGACUGACCCAUGAGGGCAACCGCUGUCUGGUGGUGAUGGAACCAGUGCAGAGAAUAUCUGCUCAUGUGUCCUUCACACAAGAUGGAUGGAUCCAGUCCUGUGAUUCUGUGUUUUCCAAUCUCUAUGGUUAUGCACAUCCGGAGGAGGUGAUAGGGUUGUCCAUUACAUACCUUAUUCCAUCACUCCGUAUCCCACUUCACUACAAGCAGAUACCCAAGAUUUUACAAAUCCAGAGGCUAACGGGAAUGUCUAGGGAUGGUACCACUUUUCCACUCAGUUUAAAACUUCAGAGUGUUCCAGACUGUGGGGAACCAAUUGAGGUUACAGAGCAGUCAAGCAAUGCAUACUCCUGGGGAAGUCCAGAGUUUAAAUCAGUACCUUCUGAAACAGAGGCUCAGAUUCUUCAGUGUACCAACAACUGGUCCUCUCCUGAAGCAGAGGACCCUAAGGAUUGUGUGGCAUUCAGCAAAGUCUUGAAGAAGCACUCCUUUCCCCUUCUUAAGGUGCAGUGUUGUGCAAACAAAGACAGUGGUCAGACUUUACAAGGCUCAGGACCAGUGUACACUGCAAAUGUGUGGGUUUUCCCGGCUGUCAGUGGACUGUUAAUUCUGCACUCUGAUGGAUCAAUCCACAGUGUCAAUGACAACUUUGCUUUGGUGCUUUUUGGAUAUAGGAAGACGGAACUAGUGGGAAAGAGUAUCACUUUUCUGAUGCCUGGUUUUUAUGAGAGCCUACAUGCUGUGGAAGAUGGUAAUGUUGCCCUCAAAGAUGAGUCAGCAGAUCAGAUAGAUGUGAACAGAAGAGCAAAGGAGGGAGAGGAACCCCAUUACCCCUCUCUUUCCAACAGCAUAACAGAUCCUUGUAAAGCUGCUGGUAGGACUAACCCCCUCAGUGGAAGCUGUCCUAUUGUUCUUUCCAAUUUUCCUAUUUCAUUAGAGGACAGGCCCAUGAAAACAAAAGGUCCCAGCCCACUGCUGGCAGGCGACAUGGCAUUGGUUCAGCAGGAGAAGCAAGAGACAGCAGCUGGAAGGACAGCAGAGAUCUUUACUGGGACCACUGCCAGACUGGAGAAUGAGGGAAGUGCCCCGUCAACACUGUCUUCCCCUGAAGUGACCUCAACACCCUUCACUGGGCAGGAUAACACUGCUGAGUUGGUGGACCAAGCUGCCCAGUUUGUCCCUAGGAGCACUGAAUGCAAUGAUGGCGGCAUCACCAGUGUACUCCUGAAAACCCCAUCCUUAGUGGAGUUCUCCCAGGAGUCCCAUACAAGCUGUCCUCUCCUUUCAGCCACUGAUAAUUUCAAGUCAUCCUUGAACUCAGGAGACCUUCAGACCAAAAAUAUCACGUUGGUACCUGGUAAACGAGAUGUCCCUCAGGAUUCGGCACCUCUGAAAUCAGCUGAAAUCUCAUCUGUCUCAGGUAUAGAUCAAGGUGAUUUCAAGGCUACUCUGUGCCAUGUUCAGCUCCAUGGGUCACCAGAGACUCCCACACAAGAUGAGCAGAGGCAUAGCAAGACAUGCGGUGCAUUACCCAAUACAAACCAGGAAUAUCCCUUGAACUACAGGGUGUCUAAAACUGCAGAGAACUCCAGCUUUGAAGUUAUCUCCAUGGGAAGCAGAUCCUCCUCUGGCUUCUGUGAGACGUGGGCUGGGAAUUCUGGCCCAGACCGCACGCAAGACACAGGUACAAAUUUUGGACCUUGUCUUCCUUUCCAGUCUGGCAGCUACAGCCUAGACCUGGAGUUCAAUGGAAAUUUGAUCACUAGAGGCUUGCAAGAUCUUGACUUGAGUAGCAGCCUUGAGAUCCCAGCAACUGAUUUGUCCCAGACCUCCUGUGCCACUUCUGAGCUCCUCAGGACACCAUCUCCCUAUGUGGUAGAGUCCGAUCCAGAGAUGGAAGGCUUUGAGAAGCAGGCUAAUAGUGAAGAGUCUGGCCAAAGUGGGAUAAUCAUGGAUAAUCCCUUAGAAGGAGAGCAGAGGCAGUGGGCUCUUUGCUCGGACGUACCUUGUGGCAGUCCUCUCUUCAGCUCAGGAGAGAUAGAGGAUGGAAUCAUGUUAAAAGUAAAGCAUCUGCAGGAGUCUCACAUGACAGAUCCCUCUACUUCAACCCCUAAGAAAAGACUAAAGGAGGAGGUGCCAUCAGUAGCUUCAGAUGAAAUCCUGGAGGGUUACUUUGAGGGAAACUGCUAUCACAGAGAUGGCUCCAGACUUAGUGUGCAGUUUGAAAUCUGUCGUGUGGAGCUACCUGAUGGACAGCUGCUUUUUUUUGUCUGGAUGAUGAGGAACCAUGAUCGUGCCCAACAGGAAGCGCUAAAGAGGCUUAAACUCUUGCUGUCUAGUCGGGACAGCAGCUCCACCUCCCUGCAUGAAGCCUCUGCUAUCAGCCUGGGGGAAGUGAUUCAAGAGACAGCAAAAGGUGAAGGGCUGUGGAGUUCUCAGGACUUGGAGGAGUCACGGGCUUGUGAAGGGCAAUUUGAAGAGGAGUACCAACCCCUCAGUGCUGUGGGCAAAGGAGCAUAUGGCUUUGUGUGGAGAGCACGACGACAUGCCGAUAACAAGGAGGUGGUGGUCAAAUUUAUCAAAAAGAGCAAGAUUGUGAGUGACUGCUGGGUGGACGAUCCUGAUAUGGGUAGAGUCAGCCAGGAGGUUGCUAUACUAGCCAGGCUUCAGCACCCCAAUAUCAUCAAGGUGGUGGAAGUGUUUGAGAAUGAGAGUUUCUUCCAGAUGGUGAUGGAGAAGCAUGGAGAUGGGCUGGACCUUUUUGAGUUUAUAGAAAGACAGCCCCAUCUGGAUGAGCCACUGGGCAGUUACAUCUUCAGACAGUUGGUGGCAGCUGUGAAAUACCUGCGCGAAAGAGGCAUCCUACACAGAGACAUCAAAGAUGAGAACAUCAUCAUCAACACAGACUUUCAUAUCAAGCUGAUAGACUUUGGUUCAGCUGCAUUUCUGAAGCCAGGGAAGCUCUUUUACACUUUCUGUGGAACCCUGGAGUACUGCUCACCUGAGGUUCUCUUGGGGAACCCGUAUGAGGGACCCGAGCUGGAGAUGUGGUCUCUGGGAGUGGCCCUGUACACCUUGCUGUUUGGUGAGAACCCUUUCUGCGAGAGGGAGGAGACUCUGGAGGCUCAGCUUAGACCCCCAUAUGAGGUGUCUCCAGAAUUGCACACACUGAUGGCUGGACUGUUGCACCCAGACCCCAGGCAAAGAAUCACCCUGGAAGAGCUGCUGCACUCCUCUUGGAUCUGCCAGCCCAUUAAUCUGGCAGAGUACAGCUGGUCGGAAGUGUGCCCAGAUUGCGAAGAGGCUCCACUCUACAAUGUCGCUAGUGCUGUAAAUGUUCAGGAAGACGGAGGAGAAUCACUGAUGAACAAUGAAGACACUAGCUGCUGGAAGCUCUCAAGUGCCAAAGGGGACAAGACUCCAAGAGAUGUUUCACAACUUGCAGAAGAAGAGGGAGAUAAUGAGGAAGGAGGUUCCUUGGCUGCUCUGGAGACUGAACUUCUUAAGUAUUUGAUGACAGAGGACUGAUUAGUCAUUAGAAAUAAUUAAUGCCAAAGGUGUAUAGCUCAUGGUCUUUGUAUAGGCUGUGGGAGAUCUAAAUGAAUAACAGGUGCACUUUCCCCAGUGAUGUAGUUGUUGGAUAAGAUAACAUGAUUCUUUGAAAAGUAAAUCUAGAUCAUUUUAAAUGCAGUUGAAUAGUUUUGAUAGAUAAACACAGUUGGAUAAAUUCACACUGAUGAUUGCCUCCAUUAUAAGCAAAUUUAGCAUGCAAAGAAGUUCUUGCUUCUGUUAGUUUAGUGAUGGGACUAUGGGUAGGCUGAAGACACUUGACAGAUCCAGAUUAAAUGCAUCUGUUAGUUUAUUUUUAUUAUGUGUGUUUCAUAAGUAUUCAGUGAGUUGUUUUUAAUGUUAUUUGUAUUCAUCAACUUUGUAUUCCAGCUACUUUCUGGCAACACAUCUUUUAAUAUGAAAUGUAAAACUGUAUGGGUUGAAGCAUUUUGGGGACAGUGUU